GGAGGAGAGGGAGGAGAGCAAGGGAGGAGGAGACCAGCCUGAGGGAGGAUUUGGUCCCCUCCUCCAGUUCUGAUUCCGCAGCCCUAUCUCGGCUCUUCUCCGAAACUUUCCCGUGCGACUGCUGGGGCUGCGGCUACCGCCGCCGGGCGGGCCCCAAGGCGGCCACUGCGGAGCCAUGAACCGGCUGGCCAAGCGCGGGAGCGAGACGCUCAUCGAGAUGGUGGCCACAGACGAUGAUAUUGCCGUUCUCACCAAGUUCAAGUUCACAAAUCCAGAAGGAGAAGAAUCCAAUGGACCUCUGUACGAAACGAAUUCCACUGCAGGAUCUGAACUCCCAGGCAGCUCCGAGGGUCUAAGCAGCACUGAGACUACCUUGCUCAUCUCUGAUCAUCAAGGGACAGCAAAGAGAUUUAACCUCUUCCUGCGGCGGCGUCUCAUGUUUGACAAGCGCCAGCAAAGCAAGGAUUCUAUUUUCUUCUGUGAUGGGACACGGCGGAUUGAUUAUGUGCUUUCCUAUGUUGAUGAUCCAAAGCAGGACGGUGACAAAAAGGCGGAAAGAAGAAAGGAAUUUGAAAAUAACCUCUUAAAAUCUGGCCUGGAAUUAGAAACAGAAGACAAAAAGGACUCUGAGGAUGGCCGAACUUACUUCAUCAAGAUCCAUGCCCCUUGGGAGGUGCUGACCACAUAUGCAGAGGUGCUGAACAUCAAAAUGCCCAUUCGGGAGAACGAUAUUCCCGCAGCCAUGGAGAAUCCCUUUGAGUGUAUGUUUGGGCUCUUUCGGCUCCCAAAGGAAGUGAUGAACCCUGAACCAGACUACUUCACAGCCCCAUUCAGCAAACAGAGGCAGGAGCUUUUCUUCAUUGAGGAUGAGAACACCUUUUUCUCGCCGUCAGUGAGAAAUAGAAUUGUUUACUAUAUUCUCUCACGGUGCCCUUAUGGUACAGAAGAAGGAAAGAAAAAAUUUGGCAUUAAGAGACUACUAUCAAAUGGUACCUAUACAGCUGCUUACCCACUGCAUGAUUGCCAAUAUUGGAAGAAAUCGAAGGAUCAAAACUGUGGCAAUGAGCGGUAUACCCUCUAUACCCAGUGGGCUCGCUUCUUGAGGUUUUAUAAGGAGCAGCCUUUGGAUCUGAUCAGGAGAUAUUAUGGAGAGAGAAUUGGCAUCUAUUUUGCCUGGCUGGGAUUCUACACCGAGAUGUUGUUCUUUGCAGCAGUUGUUGGCCUAAUCUGUUUUAUCUACGGUUUGAUAACAAUGACUGGCAACAUGAGCAGCAUAGAAAUCUGCGAUGAGUUCAUUGGAGGAGAGAUCAUCAUGUGCCCUCUCUGUGAUAAGAACUGUGAAUAUUGGAAAUUGAAUUCAACGUGUGAGGCUUCAAGGUAUUCACACUUGUUUGAUAACGUGGCCACCUUAUUUUUUGCAAUAUUCAUGGGAAUUUGGGUCACCUUGUUCCUGGAGCUGUGGAAGCGGCGCCAAGCGCGGCUGGAGUACGAAUGGGACUUGGUGGACUUUGAGGAAGAGCAGCAGCAGCUGCAGCUGAGACCCGAGUAUGAAGCCAAGUGCACUCAGAAGAAAAAGAACCCCGUGACACAGGAGCUGGAGCCUUACUUGCCCCUAACUAGUCAGGCGCUGCGGUUCUGUUUCUCGGGAGCUACCGUGUUGUUCUGGAUCUCUCUGAUCAUAGCCAGUAUGAUAGCAGUGAUUGUGUACCGCCUGUCGGUCUACGCGGCAUUUGCAAGCUUGAUGGAGGAUACAGAAACCCUCCAGCCCAUCAGCAGCCUGCUCACACCCCAGUUGGCCACAUCAGUCACUGCAUCCUGUUUGAACUUUGUCAUCAUCAUGAUCCUGAAUUUCUUGUACGAGAAGAUAGCCGUCUGGAUCACGGAUAUGGAAAUUCCUCGAACCCACCUGGAGUAUGAGAACAGGCUCACGAUGAAAAUGUUCCUGUUUCAAUUUGUCAACUAUUACUCGUCAUGUUUUUAUGUGGCAUUCUUUAAAGGGAAGUUUGUGGGCUACCCAGGAGCCUACACAUACAUGUUCAACAAAUGGAGGAAUGAAGAGUGUGAUCCAGCAGGCUGCCUCAUCGAACUGACAACACAGCUCACCAUCAUCAUGGCUGGAAAGCAGAUCUGGGGCAACAUCCAGGAAGCCAUUCUACCCUGGGUUUGGAACUGGUGGAGACGCCGGAGAGCGAGAACCAACUCCGAGAAACUGUACAGCCGAUGGGAACAAGAUCACGCUCUUCAGUGUUUUGGGGCCCUGGGGCUGUUCUACGAGUACUUAGAAAUGGUUAUCCAGUUUGGCUUCAUCACACUGUUUGUGGCGUCCUUUCCUUUGGCUCCCCUUCUCGCCCUUAUGAACAACAUUUUGGAAAUCCGAGUUGACUCUUGGAAACUGACUACCCAGUACAGGAGACCUGUGGCUGCCAAGGCCCACAGCAUAGGAGUGUGGCAAGAAAUUCUCAAUGGCAUGGCUGUUCUGUCUGUUGUUACUAAUGCCUUCAUUGUUGCCUUCACAUCGGACAUGAUUCCCCGGCUAGUUUACUACUAUGCCUACUCAACUGACCAAAAUUCCCCCAUGUCUGGAUACAUUAACAACAGUCUUUCCGUGUUCCUGAUCUCUGAUUUUCCAAAAGAACCUGGGGCGAGCCUGGGUGCAUUCACCACUUGCAGGUAUAGAGAUUACCGCUAUCCCCCUGACCAUGAAAAGAAGUAUUUACACACUAUGCAGUUCUGGCACAUCCUUGCUGCCAAGAUGGCCUUCAUCAUUAUUAUGGAGCACAUUGUUUUUAUUGUCAAAUUCUUUGUGGCCUGGAUGAUCCCUGACGUCCCAGCAGAAGUGAGAGCCCGAAUCAAACGGGAGAAGUUCCUGACCAUCCAAAUCCUCCAUGAGUAUGAGCUCAACAAACUCAAGGAGAAUCUGUGCAAUAGGACAGAUUAUCAAGUAGAGAAGGAGGUUAUCGCCACAGAAGGGAAAAGGGAGCUGGCCCAGGUGAUGGGAUAGCCAAGGAACUCAACUGAUGCCUGGUGGCCUGACUUGCCUCAGUUCUCUGGGAUGUGGCUCUGGGCCAGGAACCAGAUGUGCAUUUGGGUCCUUCAUUUUUUUACCCAAAGAUUUUGAACUCUUAUAGAAGUCACUGGUCCCAAGCUUUGCCAUGUUGGAAACCCGUUAUAACUUCACGGUGCCGGCUCUCAUCACGUGCUAUUUUAUGGAUUUCUGUUUGUAACUGUUAAAGUGUGUGUCCAGAAUCCAAUUAUUAGAAGAUCAUGGAGCAGCAACAGCUGCUUAAGUCAAAAUUGUCAUGGUAAGGCAACAUUUCACCCUCCAGUACAUCGACAUGUUGUCAAAAGCUUCCAUCCUCUAGAACAUUUUGUACACCUUAGUUUCAGUCUUCCCGUCGAGUGAUUGUAAGACAAAAAAUAAAAAGGAAAGGACUGUGUCUACCAAAGCAUGCACAUCUUGCCAUUUACCAAAGGACUAAAAUCAUUUGAUUUAAAAGAAACACACACACACACACAAACACACACACACACACGCACACACCUAAAACAACACUGCAAAAAUUAAGAAGACUAAAUCAGGUAAAACAUGAUUUUUUGGGGCCCAGUGCUUACAUUUAAUGAAUUAAAUGUUCAUUAAAAUCCAGGAAGGCUGGCCUUCCAGGAAAUUUCAGAAUUGUUUUUCCCAAAGACAGACUUCUUAAGCAUUACAAAGAACUAACCCACCCCUAGUUCUUGAAUGCUGUUGUCUCUAACCUGGGAAUCAGGCAUGCUUUGGUGUGUUGAAUUUCUGUGAGUCUUCACGAGUAUAAAAUGGGUUGUACAGAAGCUAAUAUCUUAUCUUAAUAUUUAAAGAAAUCAAGACAAUGUAUAUUAAUGUAUCUGCUCUCUUUAAAGUUAUGAAGUUGGUAGAAUUAUUCUAACUGAAGCCUUGCCUUCCAGAAUGCUUCUCUCGCCUCAUGGAGUCAUUUUUGCACACUCUCAGACAGUAGCAUUAACCAUGUGUGUCAGUUGGCCGUAAGUGUUUAUGAGCUGUGUACUUGUGAAAGCAACUUCAAGCCUUUGAAAAAUGAUUUCACAACUGUUUUCUAUGGCUCUAACAGCCUGUACUGUACUCAGUGCCUUUUUUUCUAUGUCUUUCAUACAUAUGAAAUGAAAGUGUUGGUCCUUGAGUAAAUACCCUGUAUUAUAUUUCAAACACAAGCCUGCAGGCCUUGAGAAGUGCUCAACCUAACAAUGAAUGUCCUGUAUUGUCUGUGGAGGCGGAGUGAUUGUUAGACUUGUUAGCUGAAUCAGUAAUAUACUUCUUGUAUAUUCUUUCCCAAAAUUAAGUGUAAGGCACACCUUAUUCACAUUAGUAGGUGUCCUUGAACCUAAAUCACAUAUACACAUGUACAUAUAUAUACAUAUGUGUAUAUGUACAUAAAUAUACACACUAUGCACAUAUAAUUUACAUAUAUUUAAAAUAGAGGAACCGUUCAGUUUGGUACUAUGUGAAUCCUUAGUUCCUAGCUUGUGCUCAGUUCCAUAUGAAUGACAUUUUUCUAUCCUGGGACAUCAUGAAAAUGUUUGAUCAGAAAAAUUCUGACAGAAUUUCUCAUAGGAUUUUCCGAGUUAAUUACCUACCUCCUCCGGCACACAACAUACUUUUGCUGCCAUCCAAGAAGUGACAAAUGGCCAUAGGUUAAUCCUCCAAUAACUGAUGCUUUGGAGUUUUCAUAUCACAAGUCAGGGUCUCAUAAAUCCAAGGACAGCCUCUCCCACACCCCCUUUCCACAGUGCUCCUGCCAUCUUCCCUACUUGUCAAUCACCAAUUAAGAUGCCAUCAGUUGGGCUGACUGUUAAAUUUUUUGUAUAAAUCAAAAUGAGCUACUGUUCAUUGUACAUCUAACAUGCAGGCUUAUUGAGCCGCUUGAGAACCAACCUGGUAUUAAGUGCAAUAAGCCACCCAUGGGUUUCCUUUAUGCCAACUUGUAUGCUGCUAAUGUAUUGUACAUGAUUCAUCUGC